AUGACACCAAGCAAAACAACAACGGCCAAUGCUUCCUCUUCAUCAUCCUUCGGAAAUGCCAACAACAUCAAUCAUUCCAUCAGCACCAACAACCAUAAUCAUAACAUCAUGAAUAACUCCACUACCACCAGCACCACAACAACAUCAACGACCGGAAAUUCCCUUCUCACAACCAUCAAACGAAAAUUCGCUCCUUCCUUGAAAAACAAAUCCUCUUCUCCCAACAUCCAAAAGUUCAGUUCUAGAACAACUUCCUCUCAUCGUGUUGAUGAUGAUGAUCCUGUUCAUGAACAAGAGCGUUCGGCUGUAUACGGAGGCAAGACCAAACACAAGUCUAAAUCAGCUCCUAAUUUAAAGAGUAAUAAUCAUAAUAAUAAUAACGGCAACAAUACGAAUAAUAGUAGUAGUAAUGGUGCUGGUGCUUCUUCUUCCUCUUCAGUCAUUGUUCAUUCUCCUUCAUCCCCUCUCCCGGAAAACACCACCACCACUCCAACAACAACCCAUCCCUUCUUGAUGAUGAAUCAUGGUAGUCCCAUUACCAAUAACAACAACAAUAACAAUAGCAGUAGUAAUAGUCCUACUCCAACGAAACGUAAAAUUCCUCUUCUUUCCUUGUUCACGAACACCACUUCUGCGACACUUCCAACAGCAACAACGACCAAAGAAGCUUUGGAAACCUUCUUUGAUGAAACUUUGCAGGUCAGUCAGACUGGUCGUGAUGAUGGUUCAAGCACUGGAGGAUUGACCUCUCCGAGAAUUUCCAUCGCUCCGAGACGUACAAAAUCCAUGGAUCGAACAUGGAGUGGUGGUGCUAGUGGUGGCCAUCAUACGACGAUCACCACCACCACCAACAAUUCAUCAACAACAUCCAUAACAACUGCAUUAGGCUCUACAAUGACUCCACAAACCAGUGGUGAAUCAGCAACUUCACCCUAUUCACCACGAGUGUCCUUUCAACGAUUGACAGUGGGAUCCUUCAUGGAUCAUGAAAAUUCAUUGAUGAUGCCACAACAUUCUGAAGAUUAUCUUUCCAAUGAUCAUUCUCACAACAACAUUAAUACUAGUCAUGCCAAUACUGUGAUUGAAGAUGAAUAUUCACAAAUUAUGAAUUCGGAAAUUGGACGUGAAAUUUUCUUUCAAUACAUCCAAAAAUCAGCGCAUUUGGAACAAAUUGAAUUUUUACAAGACACGAUUCGAUUGUAUCAAGACAAUGCAUUAUUAUUAAUGACGACGUCGAAUUCUGCAGGAUUGCUACCAAAUUCAGCACGAUCACCAGUUUCUCCAAGAGGAAGAAGAAAUUCCAAUUCAUUGUACCAUCAUGACACAAAUUUCAAUUCAACAAGUGCAGUCACUGCCACGACGACGACACAAACGUCAUUUUCUCAACCAACAAGUUCAUUUGGAUAUUUAUCAUCGUCAAUGACAGACGCAAAUACUUCUUCAUCAUCGCUCAGUAGUGGUGGAACGACCGAUGACACGAACUUUUCACAAACGAAAUCGUCGUCUGUGAGUGCCAUCGUUGGAAAUUCUUCACCCAUUGGAGGUUUAAAGAAACUUGUGAAAUCCAAGACACGUGCAAACAGUACUUCCUCAGAUCCCAAUGAUAAGACAUUCAUUUCAACUUCGGAAAUUUUAAUGAAAUACAAGCAACAACAGUUACAAAAUAUUCAACAGUCACUCCUUCAACAGCAACAACAAAAUUCACCACAGUCAACUUUUUCUCAAAAUGGAACGUUCCAACAAUCUCAUAUUUAUGUUGGAUUUAAUUUAUUACACAUUGAAACAUUAAUUCAUAAAUACAUUUUGGAACAUUCUCCAAAAGAGUUAAACUUGAGCAAGAGACAACGACAAAAAACAUUGGACGCUUUUGAACGACUGAAGAAUGAAAAACUGCGCUUUUUAAAUACUCAUGUUUAUCCAGAAAAUGCACAAGUUUCAGAAAUUCCUCAUCAUCUCUAUUGCGACAUGUUUGUGAGUGAGGAUGAAUUUAUUGAAAUUUUUAGAGAUUUAAUUAAUAACAUUAAUUUACAACUUAAAUUAGAAUGUUUUAGAGAUUUUAGAAAAUCACCCGAAUAUUUGGAAGCAGUCGUAAGUGAAAGCAGUAACGACGUGAGUAGCGUGACUGGAAUUUUGAGUAGUCAAAGCAAGUAUCCCAUCGACACGAUUGCAACUCCUAGAAGAUUUUUCAAUAAGCGACGACUUUCAGAGAAUGACCUUUCGCAUCUAAAGAGUGAUUCAACAUCAUUCAAUAACCAUGCAUUGUUACUUUCUCCAAGAAGAGACUCUACGGCUGGUUCGAGUACAAGUGGUCACCACUCGUGGCUGCAACGUGAGCAAAAGUCAAGCGCUCGAUCCUUGUUGAGAAAUAUGAAAAAUCCACUCGAAUUGUUUAUGGUAUUGCACAAUAGGUGA